AUGCUGCACAACUCUCCUCAGGCCAGCUCCCCAGGGUUCUUAUCCAGUGCACCCAGUUGUCCCAGCGACAGUCCGCUCUCCUGCCACAACACCACCGCGGCGCCUGACAGCUGCUGCUUUAUCUAUCCUGGCGGGCAGCUCCUGCAGACGCAAUUCUGGGAUACGAGUCCUGCGAUCGGGCCCGACGAUAGUUGGACUUUGCACGGUCUAUGGCCGGACCUCUGCGACGGCAGGUACCCGCAGUACUGCCAUUUCACUCCGGCAUAUAGGAACAUAAGCUCGAUCCUCACGGCCGCAGGGCAGACGGAUCUCCUAGACUAUAUGAACACCUACUGGCUGCCCAAUGCCGGCACGGCAGAGCAUUUCUGGGAGCACGAAUGGAGCAAGCACGGCACCUGUAUUAAUACUUUGGCGCCCAGCUGUUAUGGCGACGGGUAUGAGCCCGGGGCCGAGGUGGUGGAUUUCUUUAAUAGGGCUGUAGAGGUGUUCAAGGGAUUGGAUACCUACAAAGCACUCGAAGCUGCGGGCAUCACGCCCUCGACGAGCAAGACUUACACUUCUGACGCCAUCCAAGCAGCAUUGACGAAACUUACAGGGAGUGCUGUGGUAUUGGGCUGCAGGAACGGAGCACUGAACCAAGCAUGGUACUCGUUCAAUGUGAAGGGAAGUAUACAAACCGGGACUUUCGUGCCCGCCGCACCCGCUGGCAGCGGAGCGGGGACCUGUCCCAGAGGCGGGAUUCGGUACCUGCCUAAAUCCUCGUAA